AGCAUUGACCGCCGACGGGACGUCUGAUUUUUUCAUUAUUCAGUUACGAAUCGCUUUAUUGUAAUAAUUUCGCGUAUAUGUGAUACAAAAGUGAACAUUCGAAUCUUGUGUGUUAUUUUUCAACAAACAAUUAUUUUAAAAGUGCGCUGGAAAAGCUGGUUCUUCUAUAAAAAUGUCUAAACGGGCAGCAUAUGGGGAUGAUGAGGACAAUCCUCCGACACCGUCUGAUGACUCGGACUUUGAUGAUGAUGAAGAUCCAGAUAACUUGGAAGUCCCAGGCGGUGGCAAGACACUGGCAGCGGCGGCACAGCUGGGCAACAAACCCAAGGUCACAGCAACACAAAUGCCCGUCACAGUCAGAGCUACUACAAAUCCGUUAGCUGCUCCAUCAGGAGUAGCCUUCGGUCAGGUAGCCAACCAGGUGAAGCCGAUCAAGAUAUCCGCCAGCUCCUUGUCGAAGCCUAUCAACCUGGGCGCGCUACCCCGCGGCGGUGCUGCCGCGCCGUCGCCCUUCGCGGCGGGCUCCUCGGCCGCUUACAGCGCCGCCUCGCUGCUCGCGCAGAUGGACAUGGCAGGCAUUCCUGGCAUGAACUCGUACUUGCUUCAGAACCUGAAUCAGAUAUUAGCGUCGGGCAUGGGUGGGCCUUUGGCAGGCAUGCUAGGACAGUUUGCACAGCUCACCACGCCGAAUUGGGGUCCAAAAGCAGGCCUCUAUCCUCAAGAUAAGAUGCCCGGUGAUGAGGAAGAAGUGGAUGAUGAAGAGAUGGGCGUGGCAGAGACCUACGCCGAUUACAUGCCUACUAAACUGAAACUGGGCCGCAAACACCCGGACCCGGUCGUGGAGACGGCCUCCCUGUCCUCUGUGGAGCCAAUCGACGUGCACUACAGCCUCAGCUUACCCGACGAGACGAUACGGAACGGACUGCUAUCCGCUCUGCAGUUGGAAGCCGUCGUGUACGCGGCACAGGCGCACGAACACACGCUACCCGACGGCACGAGGGCCGGCUUCCUUAUAGGUGACGGCGCUGGUGUGGGUAAAGGCCGUACGAUCGCCGGUAUAAUCUUCGAGAACUACUUGAAGGGCCGCAAGCGAGCCAUCUGGGUGUCCGUCUCCAACGACUUGAAAUACGACGCUGAGAGAGAUCUGAGGGACAUUGGUGCCGGGAAAAUUGAAGUACACCCUCUGAAUAAGUUCAAAUACGCAAAGAUUUCAUCGGCGGUGAACGGGAACGUGAAGAAAGGCGUGGUAUUCUGUACAUACUCGGCGCUGAUCGGCGAGACGCAGUCCAACAGCACCAAGUACCGCACGAGGCUCAAGCAGCUUCUGCAGUGGUGUGGGGAGGACUUCGACGGAUGCAUCGUAUUCGACGAAUGCCACAAAGCGAAGAACCUCUGCCCCGUGGGUUCUGGCAAGGCCACAAAGACCGGCCUUACCGCCCUAGAGCUGCAAAACAAACUGCCCAAAGCCCGCGUAGUAUACGCUUCGGCCACAGGAGCUUCUGAACCGAGGAACAUGGCGUAUAUGGUGCGGCUUGGGAUUUGGGGGGAAGGCACACCCUUCCCUACGUUUAUGGACUUUAUUAAUGCCGUGGAAAAGAGAGGAGUCGGCGCUAUGGAAAUAGUAGCAAUGGACAUGAAGCUCCGAGGAAUGUACAUAGCUCGACAGCUGUCUUUCCACGGCGUGUCGUUCAAGAUCGAAGAGGUACCACUAUCUGAUGCCUUCCGAGACACUUACGACAAAUCGGUGGCGCUGUGGGUGGAAGCUAUGCAGCGGUUUACAGAGGCGGCAGAGCUAAUCGACGCGGAAGCUAGGAUGAAGAAAACCAUGUGGGGACAGUUUUGGUCGGCGCAUCAGAGGUUCUUCAAGUACCUGUGUAUCGCCGCCAAGGUCCAUCACGCGGUAGUGACAGCGCGGGAAGCAGUCAAGUGCGGCAAAUGCGUAGUUAUCGGUCUGCAGAGCACGGGCGAGGCUCGAACCCUGGACCAGCUGGAGAGAGACGACGGGGAGCUCAGCGACUUCGUCUCCACCGCCAAGGGCGUGUUCCAAUCUCUGGUCGAGAAGCAUUUCCCCGCCCCGGACCGCGAGCGGAUCAACCGGCUCCUAGGCCUCGAGGGGCCUAAGAAGGCCCUCCCGGCGCCCACGCCCAACGGCAGGACCCCUCCCGUCACAGCAGUAUCCGGGGAGUCCAGUAAGAGGAAAUUAACAUCACGACAGCAAGCCAACAUAGCGGCGAAGCGCGCCCGCGGCGGUUCGUCCUCGGACGAAUUUAUCCGAGGGUCCGAUGACGAAGGGGACGCCGAGUCGGACAACGAACGGAGACGGUCCGACUCGGAGAGUGACUCCAAUCCGUUCCGCGCCGGAUCCGGAACUGAUUCUGACACCGAACCCUGGAUGAGAAAGAAGAAACCCCUCAAGAAAAAGAAAGCCGCAUCCCCUAAAAAGAAGCCUUCCACGACACAAGACAAAAUCGAGAACAUGUUCUCCAGAAAGACCAACACCACCACACCAACGGUCACCGUCGCGGCGCCCGGAGGCAUGCUGACUGGCACGCCUGUAGGAACCAACGGGUUAUAUCUAGGUCCAGCACGCAAUAACCAGCCGCCACCCCGGUCAGCCAUAGAACGCGCUUGCAGCAUGAAAGAAGAACUAUUGGCUGCCAUAGAACGACUCGCCAAGCGACUACCACCUAACACACUCGAUCAGCUGGUCGACGAACUAGGAGGCACUGAGAACGUAGCCGAGAUGACAGGGCGCAAAGGGCGCGUAGUACAAACGGAGGACGGUCAGAUUCUCUACGAAAGCAGAUCCGAAGCCGACGUACCUUUAGAAACACUCAACUUAACGGAAAAGCAACGGUUCAUGGACGGCGAGAAAGAUGUUGCCAUCAUUUCUGAAGCUGCGUCCAGCGGUAUCUCUCUACAAAGUGACAGGAGAGCGCGAAACCAAAGGCGGCGAGUACACAUUACACUGGAACUGCCCUGGUCGGCCGACAGAGCUAUACAGCAAUUUGGUCGCACACAUCGGUCUAACCAAGUGAACGCGCCGGAGUACAUCUUCCUGAUCUCGGACCUGGCGGGCGAGCGGCGCUUCGCCUCCACCGUCGCCAAGCGGCUCGAGUCGCUCGGCGCGCUCACGCACGGCGACAGGAGGGCUACGGAGACCAGAGACCUCAGCCAGUUCAACAUAGAUAACAAAUACGGUCGGACGGCGCUCGAAGCUGUGAUGAAAGCAAUAAUGAAAUACGAAACGCCACUAGUUCCCCCGCCGAGGGAUUACAAUGGAGAUUUCUUCCAGGAUAUCGCCAGCGCACUAGUCGGAGUAGGACUAAUAACCAACAGCGAAUCGGCACCAGGAGUGCUCACGCUCGACAAGGACUACAACAACAUGUCUAAGUUCCUAAACAGGAUAUUGGGCAUGCCAGUAGAGCUGCAGAACAGGCUCUUCAAGUACUUCACGGACACGCUCAACGCUGUCAUGGAGCAAGCCAAGCGCAGCGGGCGGUUCGACCUCGGUAUCCUAGAUUUGGGUAGCGCGGGUGAAUGCGUGCGUCGCGUGCGCUGCGUGCGUUUCCUGCGUCGACACGCGACUGGAACUGCGCCUGUUGAACUACAUACCGUGCAUUCUGAGCGUGGCAUGGACUGGACGGAGGCGCUCGAAAAGCACUCGCAACACGACGGGCCCAAAGAAGGCUUCUACCUAUCAGUCGCGCAACGGAACGGCAAAUACACCGCGGUUCUGUGCAUCGCUGUUGGCAACCAGCAUGCUAGGACGCAGACCAAGCUCAGCAAGAAGGAACAGAUGUACCAGAUAUACAGGCCUAACACCGGUCUCCAGCUCCGCCUAGAAUCGCUCGCGGAGAUCGAGAAGAAAUACAAGCGCGUGGCCGCCGAGGACGCCGAGAUGUCGUGGAAGGCGCAGCACGCCGCCUCGCUGCGCGUCUGCAGCCACGCCUACUGGCGCGCCUCCUGCAGGAACGCGGCCAGCUGUGAGGUUGGCUUAAGGCGGCGUACAUACCACGUGCUCUCCGGGUCGGUGCUAGCCGUGUGGGCUCGCGUGGAGGCGGUGCUCGCGCAGCGCUCGCAGCUCAACAAGAUGCAGGUCGUGCGCAUCAAGACCGACCAGGGACUCAAGAUAGUCGGCACGAUGAUCCCAAAGAACUGCGUAGACCCGCUGAAAGAGACGCUUUCUUCAGGCGUGAACGUUUCCGAGCAGUCGUUCGAGCAGGGCGACCUGAAGUGAGCGGACCUCGGCUCAGCGAGGCCUGUCUGGUGAAACCUGAUCGUAUUCCUUCCUCUACAAAAUAUCUACAACUUGUACCAUUCACUAUUAAACUUACCAUAUGCGAGACUGCACUCAGCAGAGCUUAGAUGGACGGCUGUCUGACACGUUUUAACAAGUAUGUAAUUGCAAAAGUGACACAUGCGACAGAACUAUGACUAAUAGUUAAUGUAACGCUAAAAUAACUAUUUAAUUAUAUAUUCCUAAUUCUGUAUGUUUGACGGUAUUAGUUCCCAGAAUAUUCAAAUAUUAAUUGGGAAUUGUUUACCUACAGCCUACCAAUUUUUAUCAAUAUCGAAAACGAGAGAAUGGACAAACUUUUUGGGAAUUACGUAUCUCCCUUGCAACAACUUGACUAAUAUUUGAUGGACGGACCUUAUUUGAUUACAAUAAGGUUUCCUAAUAACUGUAGUGUAACUGUGAAGUUUCACAAUAUAUUUUAUGACAGUGACAUUUGGCAGACCUCGCUAGGUUCGCGUCCAUGGCCUUAUGCGCCAUGGCUAGAUGUGAUAGGCCUCUGCUUCGGCUCUGGUAGUCAAUUAGUGAUUCUUUGGAUGGUUUCAUUCAGCCUCCCGUUGUGUUCAAAUUAUUGCUUGCCUAUACAUGCCAAGGCUUGUCAAAGUCGAGAGAUAGGGUAAUUAGGGCCUUGGUAGGGUAAAUGCUCCUAAUAUUGACCAUAAUUGUAAAAAAAAAUUAUGUGACGUUUUUAAACCAAAAGUACCACAUUAUCGCUUACUUUAAGGAUGAUUUAAUAGAUGAUUAGUAUAAAAAUACUAGUAAAUGUCGCCCUUAAGGUUACCGACAAUCUGGUACCUUUUACUCCUUUUAGCUUAAAGUUUUAGAUCGGUUAUUACUUUAGAGAUGUAUAAAGUAGCAAUGGUUUUUGCGAAUUUCAUUAUAAUUCUGCAAAUAAAAAUAAUUUAGAAAGAGUGCCAGU